CAUGGGCCGGCGACGGGCCUCAGCCGCGGCCUCCACUUCUCCGCACGCCGGCGGGAUGGCGCCCGGGCCCCGGAGGAGCCGCGCUAGCCGAGGCCUGCGGCCGCGCUGCUGAGACGAGCCCGCCAAACUCCCCUCCCCCUCCGCCCUCGACCCCCCGCACCUCGCCCCCUCCCCACCCCCUCCUCCGCCUCGGUCCCCCGCGCCGCCCGGGACCACUAUGACCAUGAGAUCCGCGGUGUUCAAGGCGGCCGCGGCCCCUGCCGGCGGCAACCCCGAGCAGCGACUGGACUACGAGCGGGCUGCGGCGCUGGGCGGGCCCGAGGACGAGCCCGGGGCGGCCGAAGCCCACUUCCUCCCCCGGCACCGUAAGCUCAAGGAGCCGGGGCCCCCGCUGGCCUCCUCCCAGGGCGGGAGCCCGGCGUCCUCGCCGGCCGGCUGCGGCGGCAAGGGCCGGGGCUUGCUCCUCCCGGCCGGGGCCGCCCCCGGGCAGCAGGAAGAGAGCUGGGGAGGUUCGGUGCCCUUGCCCUGCCCGCCCCCGGCCACCAAGCAGGCGGGCGUCGGGGGGGAGCCCGCGGCAGCCGGCGCCGGCUGCAGUCCCCGGCCCAAGUAUCAGGCGGUGCUGCCCAUUCAGACGGGCUCGCUCGUGGCGGCGGCCAAAGAGCCGACGCCCUGGGUUGGGGACAAGGGUGGAGCGGCACCCCCAGCUGCCACCGCCUCGGACCCGGCGGGACCCCCACCACUACCUCUGCCCGCGCCGCCACCCCUCGCGCCCACCGCCACCGCCACCGCCACCGCCGGGAGCCUGGCGGCCAGCGAGGGCAGAUGGAAGAGUAUGAGGAAGAGCCCCCUCGGGGGUGGCGGCGGCUCGGGAGCCUCCAGCCAGGCCGCCUGCCUCAAACAGAUCCUCCUGCUGCAAUUGGACCUCAUCGAGCAGCAGCAGCAGCAGCUGCAGGCCAAGGAGAAGGAGAUCGACGAGCUCAAGUCUGAGAGGGACACGCUUCUUGCUCGGAUUGAACGUAUGGAAAGGCGGAUGCAGCUGGUAAAGAAGGAUAACGAAAAAGAAAGGCACAAGCUGUUUCAGGGUUAUGAAACUGAAGAGAGAGAGGAAACGGAGCUAUCUGAGAAAAUUAAACUGGAGUGCCAGCCCGAGCUUGAGACAUCCCAGACUCUGCCUCCCAAGCCUUUCACAUGUGGGCGGAGUGGAAAGGGACACAAAAGGAAAUCCCCAUUUGGAAGUAUAGAAAGAAAGAUUCCUGUUAAAAAGCUGGCUCCUGAAUUUUCAAAAGUCAAAAUAAAAACUCCUAAGCACUCUCCUGUUAAAGAGGAACCCUGUGGUUCCUUAUCUGAAACUGCUUGUAAACGUGAAUUGAGGAGCCAAGAAACUCCAGAAAAACCCCGGUCUUCAGUGGACACCCCACCAAGACUCUCCACUCCCCAGAAGGGACCCAGCACCCACCCCAAGGAGAAACCCUUCUCAAGUGAGAUAGAAGAUUUGCCGUACCUUUCCACCACAGAAAUGUAUUUGUGUCGUUGGCACCAGCCUCCCCCAUCACCAUUACCAUUACGGGAAUCCUCUCCAAAGAAGGAGGAGACUGUAGCAAGGUGUCUGAUGCCAUCAAGUGUUGCAGGAGAAACUUCAGUCUUGGCUGUUCCUUCUUGGAGGGACCACUCAGUAGAGCCUCUAAGGGACCCAAAUCCUUCAGAUCUUUUGGAGAAUCUGGAUGACAGUGUGUUUUCAAAGCGGCAUGCAAAACUAGAGCUGGAUGAAAAGAGAAGGAAAAGAUGGGAUAUUCAGCGGAUCAGGGAACAAAGAAUUUUACAACGACUGCAGCUCAGAAUGUAUAAAAAGAAAGGAAUUCAGGAAUCUGAGCCUGAGGUUACCUCAUUUUUCCCUGAGCCAGAUGAUGUUGAAAGUUUGAUGAUUACUCCCUUCUUGCCUGUUGUAGCAUUUGGACGACCAUUACCAAAAUUAACUCCACAUAAUUUUGAGCUGCCCUGGUUAGACGAACGUAGCAGAUGCAGGUUGGAAAUCCAGAAGAAGCAAACACCUCACCGGACGUGUAGGAAAUAGAGCGCUGGCAAGAACCUUCUGUCUUCAGAUAGUUGUAGCAUGCCAUUCUCAGAGAGUGGCAGAGACCUGUAUAUGUGACCUAUGUCCUCAUGUAUGUUAUCAUUCAUUGAUUGAUAAUGCCUUUCCAUACUCCCUUGAUCUUGGUUUUUAGUCACUCUUGAUUUCACAACUCUUUCACUCAGCUAAUUGUAAUUAUGGAGAAUGCUUGGGAUUGAUUUUUCCUUUAUGGGGAAAUGAACUCCCAAGCUUAAUAUAUAGGAUGGCAGAUUUGGAAGCUUCAUGGUUCUGCUUCUAUACAUUUGCCUUUGUUGAAGGAGUAAAAGGGCUCUCUUCAUUAGUCUUGCAGAAGAUGAAGCAACCCCUGCCUCUAGAGCUGUGCCUGUGUGGCACUCUUCUCACCCUGGUAUACCUUCCAUUAUAGUUUGUGUAUAGUGGUUUUUUUUACCCUAAAACAAAACAAAAAUCCUCACCAUGAGCUUAAUGAGCAGAUGAGGAAUAAAAAGUGAAGUGAAUGAAGCAAGUCGUUAUCACAAACUAGAAAAGAGAUUGGAUGAUUUGAUAAACAUCUAAAGGGGAAAAAAAAGUCUUUUAAAACAAUUCUGUGAUGUAGCCAUGUUUGGCUGUGUUUUCUUAGUUGGGUAACUGGAUUUCUUCCCCUGUACCUCAAAAGUUAAAAUCUUUGGAAGAGAGACAGGAUGGUAAGUUUUCAACUCUUAAGUGAAGGCAUUUGGCAUUUAAGGAUGGUAAACCAGAACCUGCGCAGCUGUCCUUGUGUCACUUCACUUCUCAAGUAUUCCUCUGUUGGGCUUUAUCCUUUUAGCUCUUGGUGGUAGGAUAAGGAUUUGGGAGGGUGGGGGUGUACAUGCUUACUUUGGCUGGCAAAUGUCUACAUCUUGAAAUGAUCAGAUGUACCUAAUGAGCUUCUCCACUCACUCUGUAAAAAUAUAUUUGUAUGUGUAGCAUCUUGGUCCCCUCACUCCCUCACAUUAAAAAAAAAAAAAAAAAAGGAAAAAAAAGAUUUUUUUUUUUUCAGGACACCACUCCAGGCCACUUUGGUCUCAAUAUAAGAUCCCUGUAACUAUCUGGAAGGAAAAUAGAGCCAAGACCUCUGGUCUUUAAGUAUAUAGGAAUUGCCUUUCUUUAGGCUUCAGGACUAUUGUGUGAAAACAAGUAGGGGUCAAAUCUCCUAGAAGGUAGGGGCUUUUAUCCUUGAAGAGAAUAUGUCCCCAGAUUAUUAGCACUUUUAGAGGAGAAGCCAAGGUGUGUAGAGUGUGUGGCCGGCCCGUCAGUGGAGCAUGAAAGAAUGGGCUAUCAUUGUGGGAAGAAAAGAAGUUCCUCAGGGGCCUCCCACUGCUAAAACUUUGUGAGAUGGUUGAUCUGUGCUCCCUGAGUUUGACUUUUAAAAGAACUGUUCCGGCAGCACAUUUAGUAUUCUUGGAUGAUCUUGCUGCUCUUAUUUCUCCGUGUGUGUGUGUGUGUGUGUGUGUGUGUGUGUGUGUGUGUGAGUGUGUGCGUGUGUGUGUGUGCGCGCGCGCGCACUAUGAGUUUUCAUUUGUAAUUCCAUCUGCUUAGGAGAGUGGGCUCUCUACAAGGGAACCUGCUGUUGAACUUCACUGCAGCAAGAAUGUAGGAAGAAAUAGGACUUAUUCCACUAGGGGCUCUCAUCUCACAUGUUAUGGAAAGGAAGGAGAUUUCUGGAAAAACUGGGCCAGAUUUUCUUUGUUCUUCAUUAUUUUAAUAUGGAAAGCUGUUUGGCUUUCAUACUCUGAUCUACGUUAUAUUCCUUUAUAAUGUGCCCAAGAAGAAAAAAGACCAAUCAUUGUCUCUUUACUUUUUUUCCUUGAUUCCUCUGUUCUUCUAAAUUUUCAGAUUCCUAAUUUGGAUGUGGCUUAUUUGGUUUAACAUUUGUGCCCUACCUGAGCUACACUAAGAGGAAUCCAUGAGGUGCUAUCUAGCCAGAUUUAAGUGGAUUCUAUUUCCUUGGUUCUCCCUCUACUAGGAUCUCUUAUCUCAUUACCCUUUCUUCUAGAUCUAUUCUCCUUUGAUUUGACUUUGUUGGGGUUUGUUGAAAAAGAGAUUGGAGAAUAGAUCAUCAAAGUUUUGAGAGUGAAAUUACAGUGUGUUAAGAGUGUGGGGGGAAAAUUAGUCUUAUUUUUUCUCUACAUGGGAUACAACACUGUGAAAUUCAAUCUUCAAUGGAAGGCCCUGCAAUUCUCCUAAAACAUAGUUCUUUGUUUCUUUAACAGUUUAAGCUAGUGUUAAUAAAUUAAAAAGAGAAAUUGCUUGUCUGUCCACUUCAACUUUGUUUUAUGCCCAUUUCAUAUUGUUGUCUGUGUUGUAAUUCAUACUUUUGAUACCAUUUCUGAUGUGUAAAAUUGGUUGUCUUGUAAAUAUCUUAUAAAGAGUUCAAUUGUAAAUAAACUAUUGUGGCUGUUAA